AAAAGGGUUGCACAAUUUACCUGUUAUUUGAUUUUAGUUUGCUAGAUUUACACAUUUUUGACUGAGCUGCACCAACUACAAUAAAAUUACCUGUGUAUAUAAAUAUUUUCUCAGUGCUGGCAUGACACCACCUGUAACUGCAUUUGCUGGGAUGAUCAUAAGUGGUACAGUGAGUCUUUUAUUUUGAAAAUAAGUCAUAUGAACCUGUCAAAAGUUAUAAACUAUUUCAUUUUUGGAAAAAUGUCUUUAUGUGUAUGUGUUAUUUAUAAAAACAAUAGCGUUAUUUUUUCACAUAAAUCCAAAUCCGUGUCUUGUUUUUGACAAAAGACAUUGCAGCUUCUUCUGGCUCCUGAAUGGCUCUUUAAGUGUUGAAGGUUUCAGACUCCUGACCUAAAUCCCUCCUCAUAGCCCCAACCUGAGCAUCUUUUAUCAAUAUCAUCACUGUCUUCGUGUGUCCAUACCAUUUAAGAUACUUUGCUGCAUUAAUCUCGUGUCUGAGAUCCAUCCUUGUUAUUCCCGAAGGGAACUUGAACAUCUUCAGCUCUGCCACCUCCAGAUUUGCCUUUUGCUCACAUUUGCACAUGUAAAGCUGUUUUUGAAAUGACCUUUUCCUGUGAUGUCUGGCUCCACCUCCAACAUCCAUGGGUCAUCAUCUCAUGAAAAGGUGCUUGUUAACCUUUGGGACCCACCCUGUAAUCCCCUAUUGUACAAAUAGGACUUAUGUGCAGACUUGAAGGUCCACCAGCUGGAGAUCUCAGACCAACACGGAUCUGGAAGCCCCUGCAAGGAAGAUGGAGAAGUCUGGAGUUCCAGGAACCUUUCAUCCAACCAGUGGCACCCGGAGAGAAGUCUAUGGGAAUGCUUCCACCUACCUGGCAAAGAUUGCAGUGGCCCUUCAUGAUGCUCCGGACCAGAUGCUCACCUUCACUCAGUUGAUUCAGAAGAUGGAGCCACUGAUUUCUGAGGGCAGAAAAUCUGUUGAGAACAACAUCCGGGUGUGUUUGUCAACGCACAGAUGCUUCAGAAAGAUUCCAGUGGUGCCAGACCCUGUGACUACCAAGAGAAACUACUGGAAACUGGACUCUAGCCAGAUCACAACAAAGAUGGUGCGUCGUCACCUCAAAGAUCUCCUGCACCUCUUCCCCGAGCUCGCCUCCAAAGUGGAAACAGGGAGCAAAAAUCAAAGAUCAGGAAAGCAGUCGGUGCUCUGCUCUCCUCAACCUGCUGCCUGUGAUGAUGCCCGGGUUAACGGGAAGUUCAGCAGCUCCUUUUCCAUUGAAAACCUGCUGAAAAAAGACACUACUCCAGCUCGGCCGCUCAGAGCUUUUCCACCGUCCAUUUUGCUGGUUAAAGCGGAGCAGCACCUUUGUUCAGAUCACAGAUCAGCUGGAGAAAAGACGGCUGUUACCUGGGGGUCUGAGCAGCUUUUGUUUAGUCAAACUCCUGCUGGAAGUUUUACAUUCUGGUCAACAGGGGGCAGCAUAUCCCACUGCCUCAAUACUGGAGGAAUGUCUCAAUCAAUCUAUGACAUGCCAGUGAUACUUGGGUCACCAUCUAACUACUGAUCGCUGUAGACACAGCUACAUUAAACCAGUGCAAUAUAGUUUGUAUUUUUUAAAAUAUGUUUUUACUUUUUUUAUGUUUCAGAAGUGAGGAGUUUGUUUGAUUUGGAAAAAAACAUUGUUAGAGAUAUAAAGUACCAUUCUGAAGACGAGCUAAAAUCUAAACCGUCUGCCUUUGUUAAAGGUUAACACUCUUGCAGUCAUGGCUUAACAAGUGACAUAAUACAUUACAAAGUAGACUAACUGCAGCUGCGAGUUUGACUUGAGCAAAUGAGUUAAUGUGGUUGGGAAAGGCAACUGAAGUCCUGAUAAAGGCUGGCCCAAAGAGGUCAGAGUUAGUUUAGGCUUGAGAAUGGGUAGUGAGGGUAAUGACCUGAUAAACAGGAGGGAAUGCUUUGUAAAACAUGAAGUUGAUGGGGGCUGUUGGAAGCCUUUCAGCUCCUUCCUGACCUAAACUACCUAAUAUAAGACAGCUGCUGAAAGUCUUAGGAAAGGAGUUCGACGGUCUUCUUUACCAAUGGACCUUUCUCCAUAAACAAUUCCUUCUAAAUGUCCAUCUAAGGAACAGUUAAGACAUUUUGAUCCAACAGCUCAUUUAUACAAGAAAUGUUUUUUUCCUUUUUUGUACCCCUAUCCCCCAUUUAUAAUAUCCCAACUCUCUCUUGCCUUUUCAAAAAAAAUGAAUGUAU